GUGGUCGCAAGAAGGGAAGGAGUCUGUGGUGGUGUCUUGUGUGCGGCUACACCACAAUUUUCAACUCGAGCAUGCGAAAUCACCAAAGAAGACACAUGGGCACCAUCAAAUGGCAGCACAGUGCUCAUCAGCACAUAGACAACUCCUCUGCCACUCAAGCAGCACAACAUUUAUCACCCACAGAAAUGAGCAGAAGUGACAUGUGCCCCUCUGAAAAUGUGGACGUCGAGCAGCACACUUGCACUUACUGCAACAAGUCCUUCACAAGGCGCGGCAGCCUGACUGUUCACCUCCGCAUUCACACCGGCGAGAGACCAUUUCACUGCCACCUAUGCCCUCGGGCCUUCACGCAGAAAGUGAACCUCAAGUAUCAUGUGCGGACACAUACUGGGGAGAAACCCUUCCAGUGUCACUUUUGUCCCUUGGCCUUCGCACGCAAGUUGUCGCGGAGAAUGAGCUUGCAGGUGAUGCAUGGGCAUUACGUCAACCUUCUCCUUGGAGGUGGUGUGCUGUGCCGAUACGAACCACGAGACUGGUUGAUUGAAACAUUACCCAUUUUUCUAACUUUGUUGCUGUGAAUCGCCGCCCUGGCCACCCGGGUGUCCCAGACUCACACACAGGAAGACGCCUGCGGCGCUGUCCCGUGUGCGGCUAUAGCACAACUUGUCGAACAAACAUGCUGAAUCACCAAAGAAGGCACACGGGCGAGCGCCCGCACAAGUGUGACC